AUAGAUGAUAUAUCAAUAUUCGGUUUACCAUUAGCAAUUGUACAAAGUCGUUCUGGCUUCGCAUUACCUAGAUGCAUCUUAGAAAUAAUGAAAUUCCUAAGAAUCACUGCACCAGAUACUAUUGGAAUUUUUCGUAAAAAUGGUGUACGAUCACGUAUUGCUGAAUUAAGGGCGCUUUGUGAUUUUGGCCCAGAUGAAGAAGUUUUCGAUGAUGGAAAGAAUCUACACUCAUCACAGAUUCAUGACGCUGCUGAUUUAUUAAAACAAUAUUUUCGCGAAUUGCCAGAACCUCUGAUGACGACUAAAUUCUCGGCAAUUUUCGUUAAUAUAUAUUUAUAUGUUCCAAGAGAAUUACGCAUGGGUGCGAUUCAACACGCUCUAAUUUUAUUACCUGAUGAAAAUCGAGAAGCUCUCCAAACUUUAAUUUAUUUUCUUCAUGAUAUUGCGCGAAAUUCGGCUACUAACAGUAUGACUGCUCAAAAUCUUGCAGUUUGCUUCGCUCCGUCUUUAUUUUAUUUAAGUUCAUCACGUCUCAAUAAUAUAAGCCCAACGAGGAGGCAUAAAACAAUUGGAGCUGCUGGUUUGCCAAGCGAACGAGAAAUGAAAGAAUCAAAAGCUGCUCAAGAAUGUCUUAUUGAUAUGAUUAAUGAAGCGAAAAAAUUAUUCAUAAUGCCAUCUGAUUCAAAUAGAUAUGAGCCAGAUGCGCCAUUUUUGAGCCAACUUGGAGUUUCAGAUGAUAGAUGGAAAGGUUGGAUUACAGAAGGUAACAUUGAUGGUAUUGAAGUAUCAAGCAAAAAAUCACCUGAUGGUCAUCCUCUUCGUUAUUUUAAAGUUUGGACCGAUGUAGAAGCACCAGCGAAAGAAUUACUCGCACGUAUAAUUAGAGAAAGACAUAUAUGGGAUCCAUCGAUAAUUAACUGGCGAAUAGUUGCCUCCCUUGGCAAUGACAAUUGUGAAGUGUUUCAAUAUGUUAUCAAUGAUACACCAUCACAUCCAACAAGAGAUCUUAUGGUUGUUAGGAUGUGGCAUACGGAUUUAAAAGAACUAAGAGGAGGAUGUACAAUAGUUGAACGAUCAGUUCACUCAAGCGAAACCCAAUUCCUUGGAGGAAUACCAGCAGCAGUUCUCGUUUCAAGAUUUCUUAUUGAACCAUGUGCUGGACGAUCACGGGUUACUUAUGUAAGUCGCGUCGACUUAAGAGGUCGUAGCAAUGCUUGGUACAAUAAAGUUUAUGGAAGUCUAGUAGCGAGACAAAUCGCUCGUUUACGCGACUCGUUCAAGCAACAAUUAACUUCGAAUGACCAGGGACCUGAAACAAAAGUUUAA